CACUUUCAUAUACUUCCGGGUCGGAAUUCACAACACACAUGUGAGAGCUGCUGAAAAUCAGUCGUGACAGAGACCAGACUACAACAGGUUUCUCUUCAGCAGACAGGAUGGACGGGAAAGUGAAGGAACAGAAGCGACAUCAGCAGAAGCACAGUGGGCCAAAGGCAGAGAGGAAGAAGCUCAAGAAGCAGGGAGGCUCCACAGAAGAGGAUGGACGGAAACGCAACCCCAAAGCAUUUGCAGUUCAGUCGGCUGUACGCAUGGCCAAGACGUUCCACAGGGCCCAGGACAUAAAGACCAAAAAACAUCACAUCCCGCUUGUAGACCGGACUCCCCUGGAACCCCCUCCAGUUGUAAUUGUAGUAGUCGGACCCCCCAAGGUGGGAAAAAGCACCCUGAUUCGCUGCCUGAUCAAAAACUUCACCAGACAGAAGCUCGCAGACAUAUGUGGACCUGUAACCAUCGUUUCUGGCAAGAAGCGUCGCCUCACUUUCAUGGAGUGUAACAAUGACAUUAAUACAAUGAUCGACCUUGCAAAAGUAGCUGACCUGGUUUUGAUGUUGAUUGACGCCAGCUUUGGCUUUGAAAUGGAAACUUUCGAGUUUCUCAAUAUCUGUCAGGUGCAUGGCUUCCCUCGUAUCAUGGGUGUGCUGACUCACCUGGAUUCAUUCAAGAACAACAAGACACUGAGGAAGACCAAGAAAAACCUCAAACAUCGCUUCUGGACUGAGGUCUAUCAGGGGGCCAAGCUCUUCUACCUGUCUGGUAUGGUGUACGGUGAAUAUCAGACUCAAGAAGUGAAGAACCUUGGCCGCUUCAUCUCAGUCAUGAAGUUUCGUCCUCUGGUGUGGCAGACCUCCCACCCUUAUGUGCUGGCUGACCGUAUGGAGGACUUAACUGACCCUGAGAAGGUGAGGACGGACCCCAAGUGUGACCGGACAGUGUCACUCUACGGCUACCUGCGAGGGACAUAUUUGAAAAACAAAAGCCAGGUCCAUAUUCCAGGUGUAGGAGACUUUCAGGUAGCAGAUGUGAACUUCCUGCCUGACCCAUGCGCCCUGCCAGAUGCUCAGAAGAAGAGAGCACUGAAUGAGAAGGAGCGUUUGCUCUAUGCACCCAUGGCUGGCGUCGGGGGUGUCGUGUAUGACAAAGAUGCAGUGUAUAUCGACCUGCCUGCUAACCACGUCAAUCAGCAGCAGGAGGAGGUGCGGCCCACCACAGAGCUGGUCCAGUCACUCAUCGACACACAUGCCACCCUGGAUGCCAAGAUGGCUGCCAGUAAGGUGUCUCUGUUCAGCGGCUCAGCCACCCUGGAGUCCACAGACAUCAGCGAGCAGAGCGGAGAGAAGAAGGGGCCUCAGGAGGAGUGUGUUUGGGAUCCUAACACCCAGAGGAAGAGGAGGAAGGUGGUCUUCACUGAGGAAGAGGAGGAGGAUGUCAGCGGCUCCAGUGAUGAUGAGGACGACGAGGAUGGUGACGGGGAAGACAGUGAGCAGGGGGAGCAGGAGGAGGAUGAAGACAAUGAUCCCCUGUCCACGUUUCUCAAAGAGGCAAGAGCCGAAUGUGACAAGACAGAAAAGACUGCAAGAGACGCUCCACCGGUGAAGAAACAGAAACUAGAGGAGAGCGCUGAGGUGCCGGCUUUUGCUGACAGUGAAGAUGACCUGGAGAUGAGUGAGGAGGAGGGUGAAGAUGAGGGGGAGGCUGUAGGAGCAGGAGACUCUGGACACUGUUCUGAAGAGGAAGAGAGUGAUGAUGAAGAGGAGGAUGAUGAUGAAGAAGAGUCUGAAGAUGAAUCGGUGGAAGAGGAUGAUGGAGCUGAUGCGACAAUGAAGAAAGAAACAGCAAGUGACAGUGAGGAGGAGGAAGAGCAAGGGGCUCUGAGGUGGAAGGAGGGUCUGCAGCAGAAAGCGUCAGAAGCGUUCUUACGGCAACAAGAGGCUGCCCCCAAUCUGAGAAAACUGGUUUAUGGUUCAGUUGUAGAGGCUGAGGAUUCUGAGGAUGAGGAUGAGGAGCUGGGGGGGCUGUUUCGAGUCAGCCGCCCUCAGAAGAGCAAAAAGUCCCAAGCAAAUGCUGUCGACUGCUCCCGUUUCAACCCCAGCACCUCCCACAACUGGGACUUAGAGGAGAUGCUAAACUCCAUCAGGGACUGCUUUGUUACAGGGAAGUGGGAAGAGGGCCAAGAUGCUGCCACACUGCUGAAGGAGGAUGAGGAGCUGUAUGGUGACUUUGAGGAUUUGGAAACUGGAGAAGUCCACAAGGGCCAAACUGGGAAGCAGGAACAGGCUGAGCAGGAUAGUGAGAAAGAAGAAGAUGAUGAUGGUGAUGAAGAAGGUGUGAUGAAGGUGGAUGAUGAUGAAGUUCAAAAGAACAAGCGUCUGGAGAAGAAACGAAGGCUGAAGGAGAGAUUUGAUACAGAGUAUGACGACGGAGAUGCCACUUACUUUGAUGAUCUGAAGGAGGAGCUGCAGAAGCAGGCAGAGCUGAACAGGGCAGAGUUUGAGGAUGUGGAUGAUGAGACCAGAGUGCAAUACGAAGGCUUCCGUCCAGGAAUGUACGUCAGAUUAGAAAUCGCCUCUCUACCCUGCGAGUUUGUCACCAACUUCGACCCCCAUUAUCCAAUCAUCCUCGGAGGACUGGGCUCCAGUGAGGGAAAUGUGGGAUACCUACAGAUGCGACUGAAGAAACACCGCUGGUAUAACCGCAUCCUGAAGACACGGGACCCCCUCAUCCUAUCAUUAGGCUGGAGGCGCUUCCAGACCAUCCCCCUCUACCACAUCGAGGAUCAUAACGGACGUCAUCGCCUGCUCAAAUACACACCGCAGCACAUGCACUGUGGAGCAUCUAUCUGGGGUCCCAUCACACCACAGGGCACCGGCUUCCUGGCUGUGCAGACAGUAGCAGGAACUAAACAGGCUAAUUUCCGUAUUGCAGCCACAGGAGUCAUCCUGGAUCUGGACAAGUCUGUGACGAUCGUGAAGAAGCUCAAGCUCAUCGGUUACCCCUACAAGAUCUAUAAGAACACUUGCUUCAUAAAGGGCAUGUUCAACACAGUGCUGGAGGUAGCUAAAUUUGAAGGUGCUGCUGUAAGAACAGUAUCAGGGGUCAGAGGUCAGAUCAAGAAGGCGCUGUCUACACCACCAGGGGCUUACAGAGCCACGUUUGAGGACCGCCUGCUUAUGAGCGAUAUCGUGUUCCUGCGCUCCUGGUUUCCAGUAUCUGUUCCUCAGCUCUACAACCCCGUCACCUCCCUGCUGCUGCCUGUUGGUCAGAAGGACAGCUGGGCAGGCAUGAGGACUUUGGGGCAGCUCAAACAUGACCUGGGCAUCCGCAACAAACCCAACACAGACUCUCUGUAUAAGCCGGUGGUCAGAGCCCCAAGGCACUUCAACCGCCUCCACAUCCCCAAAGAGCUCCAGAAGGCCCUGCCCUUUAAGAGCAAACCCAAACAGCAGCAACCCAAAGGAAAGACACCCAGAGAUCUCCAGAGGCCCAGUGUCAUCAGAGAGCCCCAUGAGAAAAAGGUGGCAGCUCUGCUCCACGCACUGAGCACAGUCCACAACUACAAGAGGAAGAAAGCCCACACAGCGCAGCAUGCCAAACACAAGGAGUUCCUGCAGCAGAAGGAGAAACAGGAGGAGGCCAAGCUGAAGAGACAGAAGGAAGCACGUAAAAAACUCUACCGCGUCAUGGGCCAGAUGGACCAGAAGAAACAGAAGUCCAGUCUGAAGGGGGCGCCCCAGGACGACUAACUCACUGAGGGUGGACUCAUGAUGAAACCUCAGACGACUGUGACUGAGAUGCUCUGUGGACUCACAGCAUGUGUUUCAUAACUUUUGCAGAAUCAUUUUUAUUGUAUUUUUCUAGAUGUGUUGAUAUCGAACAUCAGCUGUAAAGAAGUUAUCUGACUUUUGGAACUGGAUUUAAUUAAACAUGUCUGUCUUUGGAAA